AUGUCUGUCCAGCCGUUUCCGACACCGAGAAGGGGCGCCAUGCCUCCCGCCACGUAUGGCAAGCCGAAGGCCAAGGAGUCCAUCCUGGACCUUUGCACGAGGGCCACUCUCCUCGGCAACAACAUCUCGGUGCGUAUGCUUGAGUUCCUCACCAACGUCAAGCACCAACCGCACGGUUUCCGAGAUCUCGCCAACGACUUCCUCGACAUUUGCCGCAUACUAUGGUCUAUCGAGGCUGGCCUCUCCGAGGCGUCUCGUAUAGAACAAGAGUUUCCUGCCGAUAUGAUCAGGGAGCUCGAUAUCAAGUUCCGCCAGACCAAUUCCGAUUUCCAGGUUCUUGAUCACAUGAUGUUCGAGUUCCUCGAGUACGAGAGAAAGGGUGCGGUAGGCAAGUUUCAGCGCGGCUGGCGGAUGAUGUUUGCCGACAAGGAGAUCCUUAAGGUCAGAGAGUCGAUCCGCAAGGCCAGAGACGCACUGAGGAUGAGUGCCCUUGUUUUCCAGUGGUCUCUGGGCGCCUCCAAGACCGAAGAUGCCGCUGGCAAUGGCUACGCCGGUCUUGCGGCCGCGCUGAACCGCAUCGGCAAUCAGCACUCGACGGUGCGGAUAUCCAAGUCUAAGUCGUUUGAAGUUCCGCCUGUAUCGCCAGCUGAUCGUUCAGACGAAACCUCUGCUCCCCUUCCCCCUCUCCCGCAAGUCAGCUCGCAAGCUCCCCAUAUUCCUCCUCCUUCCUUGGUAGAGAAGAUGGCAGCAGACUUUGUUUUCCAAGACGUGAGGUUGUCCCCGGACCCACGCCGCCGCACAUCCAUCUCCAACAAGAGCCAUCACAGCUCCUCAGAGAAUGGGCACUCUUCCAGAAUCCCCGAUCGUAGGAUAGUCCGCGACGACAUCCCCAUCUCAGAGCACGGUCAAUUCGACCUUCACUCCGCAGCCACAAGAACCUACUCCGAUAGGAGGCCAGUACGCGAUGACAUUACCAUUUCCGACCUGGAAACAUACGACGCGCCUAGUCGUCUCUCAGACCGAAAGAACCUCCGCGAUUCGGACCAUACUAUUGCAGCCUCAUCGUCAGGCACAGAAACACUGCUCGGCGAACUGCAAAGUAUCGCCGACAGCAUUCCGACAAAGGUCGUUCGCUUGAAGGCCGACCCCAUGACGAUGCCACGCUGGACCCCACGCCAAAAUGCCAAUGGCAACCCGUCUCUCAAGGCAUCUCUCAUUGCCGCUGUACAGAGCAAGAACCACAAGCUCGUAGAGCAGCUGCUCGACCGAGGCGUCUCGCCCGACACUGGUUCGGACCAGCACGUCCUAGUGCACUCGGCCCUGUGCCAGGACCAUGAGACCGUCCGCCUGCUUCUGCUGUUCGGUGCCGACCCUAACUCUGCGGACAAGGACGGCAUCACCCCUCUCUUCGCUGCAGUGGAAAUGAACGCUUUCGAGAUUACCAAGCUGCUUCUCAAGUAUGGCGCCGAUCCCAAUCUGUCUGCUGGCCCCUCACAAGAGUCCCCUCUUGCCAUAUCUGUCAUCGAUGUCAAGAUCGAGUUCGUCCACAUAUUACUUACAUAUGGUGGCGAUCCGAACCAUAUCAUGGCGAACGGCAAUACGGUCCUGAUCGCCUCGAUGAACAAGACGACCCCUAAGAAGUUGGUCGACCUUAUGCUCGACUACGGCUCUGACCCCAACGUCAAGAACAGGGAAGGCAAGACUGCUUUGUUCGAGGCAAUCAUGUCUGCGAGAGUAGACCUCCUCACUGCUCUCCUAGACCACGGCGCCAACCCUAACCUGCCCGGUCCGAAACACAUGCUCUGGCCCGCCACCUACCAGUCCGCCUGCCUGAAGGUCCUCCUUGCCCGUGGAGCUGACAGCAAAAAGGCUCCCGGCAACAUGGAGCUUGCUGUCAGUAUCAACAACAUCGAGUCGGUCCGCGUGCUGCUCUCUGCCGGUGUUUCCCCCAAUGUCAAAAAGGAUGGCAUCUACACGCCACUGUGCACAGCCAUCCGCGACAACCGUGCAGAUAUCUUCGAGCUUCUCUUGGCAAACGGCGCCGAUCCCAACUUGAACUCUGCCGAAUACCCUGCCUUCAAGUGCGUGACGCAUUUCCGCACGCACUUCCUCCCCCGCCUUGUUGCCGCUGGCAACGACCUCCACAACCCCAAGGGUAUUAUCGAGAUGGCCGUUCGGGUCAACAACAUGGAGGCCCUAAUGUGGCUUCUCGAUCAGGGCGUCAGUCCCAACGACAGGGGCGACGAUGGCAACACCCCUUUGACGACGGCCAUUAAGGAGGGCCGUAUGGAGAUGAUCGACGAGCUUGUCGCUCACGGCGCAGACCCCAAUGUCCGCGGCACCGACUGGCCCAUCGUUAUGUCUGUCCAGCACCCAGAGGUGCUCAAGAGACUACUCCCCGCUGUUGCCGACCCUCGGUCGUUCAAGGGUUUGAUGGAGCGCGCCGUCGUGGCAAACCAGCUCGAGAGCGUCAAGCUCCUUCUCAAUGCCGGCGUAUCGGUCGAGGACAAGAACGGCGGCGUCUUCUCGCCACUGACCUCAGCCAUUCGCGAGGACAACAAGGAGAUCACAAAGUUUCUCAUCAAUGAAGGCGGCGCUGACAUCAACGCCCCCGGUGAGCACUUGCCCAUCGUCAAGGCCGUGCGUCGGUGCCGUGGCGACGACACCGAGAUACUCGAAAUGCUCCUUCGUAAGGGCGCCGAUGUCAACAAGAUCUACCGCGGAUGGAAUGCCAUCAUGCAGGCCGUCGAAAACGGCGACGCCAAGGUGCUCAAGCUUCUUGUCGAGGCCGGCGGUGUCGACCUCGAAGCUAAAGACGACGCCGGCCGCACUGUCAUGGAGAUCGCUGCCAGCCGUGGUUGGGAAGAGUCAGUUGGCAUCAUCCUGUGGGAUGGCAAGAAUAAGAAAUGA